CGAUGGAGACUCUCGGCUAGUGAUGGCGAAGUCUCGUUUGGCGCCCGUGACUCCUGCCCUCAGUGUGCCGAGACUGGAGCUGAUGGCAGCCCUGAUCGGAUGCCGCCUGAUGGAGUUUGUUCGCAGUUCACUGAGCCUGGACGCACCGCGAGUGGUCUACUGGACUGAUGCCAAGGAUGUCCUCUACUGGAUCAGCAGCAAGAGGGCGCUCAAGCUGUUCGUCCACAACCGAGUGAAGGCCAUCACCGAGAUGUCGAGCCCCGAGCAGUGGCGUCAUGUCCGUGGGGAGGACAACCCAGCUGACAUCGGAACCAGAGGUAUGUCCCUCGCUGUCUUGGAGAAGUGUGAUGUGUGGUGGAAGGGACCCGCGUUUCUGAGGGACUCUUCAAGUCCUGAGCUGCCGCUGUGGGCCGCGCCUGGUGAGCGGCAGCUAUCACCAGAGGCCGCUGUGGAAAGCAAGAAGGAGAGACCUGUAGUCAGAGAGAGUCUGGUGACCCAGAGGAGUGAGCCGAUGCCGUUCGACCUCACCGAGUGUUCCAGUCUCGCACAAGCGGUGAACCGACUGACCUGGAUACGUCGUUUUGUGUCCAACAGCCGCGCGCCGAAGGAGGACAGAGUGACCGGGCCGCUGAGUCCAGAGGAGAGGCGGAGUAGCCUUCUCUUUCUGAUCAGAGUGUCCCAGAUAUGUGUCUACCCCGAUGAACUGAAGGCAGUACGUUCGGGUGCGCUGCUGCCUAGCGGGUCACCACUGACUAAACUCCGCCCGCAGCUCAGUGAGGAGGGAAUCUUGCUGGCGACGCUGCGGACCGGCGAACGACCAGUCCCGAUCCUACCAGAAGAGGCGCGCAUCAUGACGCUGAUCGUAGAAGAGGCUCACCGCCGGUGCUUCCACCAGGGGACGCGCGUGACACUGGCCCUGCUCACCGCAGAGUACGCGAGCCUGGAGGCACCGCCGGAGGGUGUCUGACCAGCUGACUCGGCGGUGGAACAGCGAGUAUCAGCGCGCGCUCCGCUGCUGGCACCGGUCACCGCGGGGG